CCGCUGUCAUACUUCCUAUGUACAUGUACUAUAUGAAAAACGUUCAUUUUCGAAAUAUUUAUUAGAGAUUACUGUAAUAUUGUUUAGGUGUGUUUCAGUGCAUACGCCAUCUUUCAACAAUUUACACAUCAAGGAUUAUUCAUGCAUAAAACUUUAAGGCAUUUAGAGUGGAUAGUUUGUAAAAAAAGGUCUUUAACCCAAUUAGUCAAAAAUAGGUCGAAUUAGAUUCGAUGUGUAUACAUUAUUAUGGCUGCUGUAUGUUAUUAUAUGUUUCGGAAAAGUGGAGUUGGAUAAUACAAAAUGGACCUACCGACUGGAAAAUGAUGAUCUGUGCGGAGAAGAAAUAAAGAUGGUUGAUGCCGGUAUUUACACAGCUGUUAUAGAAUACAAUGGAGGGUUAGACGAUGAAGACAACUGUAGUCUUUCUGUUACACCCUGGUCUGAGUGGAACAAACUGAUGUUUCAAAUUACAAGACAUUCCAAUGAUGGUGAUUCGUGUUUGUCGUUUGCUCAAGGGGAAAAUGGAGACACAGAAAUUCCCGGACUCUACGGUGAAUAUUGCGGCCCAUUUCAACCCCCGUUAAACCACCAAUUUGUUGUUGAGAAGUUACACAUUAUCUACAAACCACAUACGGAGCAUUUUUACUUUUCCCAGGUCUUCGAAAUUGUGGUAACAGUGUUUAAAGAUAAAGGAGAAUGUCUCGACUAUCAGUGCGAUAACAAACGAUGCAUUCCGCAUGACCUCAGAUGUACUGACUACAACCCGUGUGGUGACUCGUCCGACUGUCCGUCUGACAGUCCUAAUCACAUCGCAGUUGGUAAAAUCUUUGGUAUUAUAGUGGGUGUGGCAGUGGGUAUUGUAAUACUGAUGAUAUUUAUCAGAUGCUGGAUGUCUGCUGCAGGUAAAGAGAGUGACGACUGGGACUCGGAACCCAGACUUCCCUCGAUGGAUGGAGAAAGAACACCAAGUCUUCACGACAGCGGCUUGCAGUCGCAAACACGAUUUGACAAUGGCAGUCUCGAUGAUAGUUAUUGGCAGUCGUUCUCACGUAGCGAUGAUCGAUUUUACAAUGACAGUCUCGAUGAUAGUGAUUGGCAGUCAGAGACACGUGACGUCAGUCGGCGUCAUGAUUCGGAUGAGAGUUUAGACAUACAACCGUUUUAUACUGGCGAAGGUCGCCCUAGAGGUCCGUUCUAUGAAUCUAGGGAUCUUGGGACCAACCAACAAGAAAAUACAAAUCGGGAUCACCAAACAGACACCACAGCUGCAUCAAACGUUAGUCCUUCCGAUCCUAUCCUUAACAACGUGCAUUCAGAGCCUUUCCUUGUAAAUGGAGUGCAGAAUAGAACAGAAGUAGAAAUAGAAAUGAACACGAACGUUGUGCCCGAAUCAAAUCAUAGUUCAGCUGAAACCUCGGACAAUGUCACGAGACAAAGAGACUAUGAACGAGACUAUGAACGCCCUCCGCCUUCAUAUGAAUCUGUUAUGGCUGAUAAAAAAUACUUUGCAGUGAAUUCUUAAAAGAAAGUUCUAUCAGUUUGGUCCCCAGUCCCCUAGUUUCCCUGCCUGGCAGUUCGUUCACAGACUGAAAUGAAAUGAAAGUGAAAUUAAGUCACGAGUUCGACUUCCAUAAGGGAUAUUCGGGGUAUGUGACGAAAAUCUGCGAUAUUUUUACAGACGAAACUACAGGCUGAUCACUACCAAAUAGAAUGUAAGCCUCCGCUGGUCACAACUAGUCCAAAUAUAAAUAGUACUAAUCUUUUUUCCUUUCCUAGUGCAUUUUCUCGACAGCAACAUGCUUACUUUUACCCUACCGCGUUUCAGUAUGUAUCACUUUGCAUUCUGUUGAAAUCGGCAUGUUCCUAUCACAUGCUAGGUAAAAAUGGCGGCGUAAGAAUUUAAUGUCUCGAAAAGAGAAAUUGAAAGAAGCGAAAGGUAGUAAAUUCAGCGGUAUGUAUUUAACGAACUGUAGUUUUCUUUCUUAUAUAAAAGUUAACACCCCCUUUUAUUUUUGUUUUUGUAAAGUAGCGAUCUAGUUCUUUAUGGGAAUAUAAGUCUAUGAAAAUCUGAUAUGCUAGAAAAUGUCGAAAAACCGUUAUGAAGUAAGUGGAUUUUAUAUGAAAUAAAGAACAGCUGGAUUUAGUGGUGUUCAGCCUACAGUGUCAUUCGGUGUAACGAGUUACAAAUUGAACUGAAUUGUUUGAUCCUUUGUGUGCUGUUCCUGUUUGUGUGGCCUACUCAAUUUGUCAUUUUGAACGAAAAUAUUAAUGGGCCAAAUAAUUUCACAAAGAUGUUUAUAUGAAAAUUAUUCUUUCCACGUAAAAUUAAAAUGAUUAUAGAUAUAUUCAACAUUCAAACUUCUCCCGACAAGUUAAUGUGGACGUAAAAAACGAUGUGCAAUUUAUACAUGUAUAAGGAUUUUGCAAGGUAAAAAGAAAGAAUAACGAAAAUCUCUAGCUGUUACGGAUUUGGUGGACAAAACAGUAACUAUCUAUAUAAUGCGUCCUAUCUUGCUGUCUGUAUAAUAUUCUUGGUGUUGUAUUACUAUUUAUUCAAUAUUCUAUGAUAUUAUAAAUUUUUUAAAUGAUGUAUAUAUUUGUUAAUCGGAUUUUACUUCUAUCUUGUAUUCAUAGAAAGAUUUAAAAUG